AUGAAUAGCCUCGCAAGGGUCGCAGCACAGUCGGUUGGAGCCGCGCGAUGCAUUGCCAUCGAAAAGUACCCUGACGGCAUGUUCAACAAAGCGUUCCUCAUGACUAUGGACAAUGGUCAAGAAGUUAUAGCCAAGAUUCCCAACCCGAAUGCUGGCAUUCCACACUCCACUACUGCUAGUGAAGUCGCCACGAUGGACUUUCGCCUCGUGUCUACGCGGAACUCGCAAGCCAAAUCGCACCCCGUGGGCGCUGAGUUUAUCAUUAUGGAAAAAAUAGAAGGUGUUCCGCUCUCCCAAGUCUGGAGCACUAUGAAAUUACCGCAGAAGCUCCAAGUGCUUCUCGCCAUGACACGUCUCCAGAAGCACUGGCCGAACGUCUCAUUCUCGCAUUACGGCAGCUUGUAUUACACGGAAGAAUUGCAGCCACCAGCAGGCAACCACUUCGUCAAGGAUGGCAAGGCUGUGAGAAAUUCGAGCUUUGCCAUUGGUCCGGCUACAGGCCGGGACUGGUGUGACGCAGGCCGCUCAGAUCUAGAUGUCGACAAGGGGCCAUGGGCUUCUCUAACGCAGUAUCUGCAAGCAGUCGGGACACGAGAGGUGAAGGCAAUCCAGUCUCUAGAACCUCCAAAAACGGUUGCUUUAUUCUGCGGCCCAAAGCUAUACCGACCCGACACGGAAAAUAAACUUACUGCUUUAGCAUGGUACCAACAAAUCGUUGAUGCUCUAAUUUCCAAAGAUGCAGCCAUCACACGACCCUGCCUCUGGCAUAAUGAUUUGCAUGACGACAACGUCUUCGUAGACCCGCAGAAUCCCGGAGAGAUUACGGGUAUCAUCGACUGGCAGUCUUGUCACAUCUCGCCCCUCUUCAACCAUAAUCCCGACCCAGCCUUCCUCGACUGGGAUGGCCUUGAGCCUGAAACGCUGGAUCUGGCGCCACGGCCCGACCUCUGCGGGCUUUCGCCUGAGGACUGGUCGGCUGCUGUCCAAGAGUAUUCCAUCCAAAACGUGUUCAUCGCAUGGCGGAAGCUCAUGCAUGCCAAAAACCCCGACUUAUACCGGGUAGUCGAAUUCCGGAGGACAGCAGCAUACGGGCUGAUAUUUCUGGCCCACCGAAUGUUCGAAUACGGCGAGGCGCACUUCCAGUCGCUUCUGGUGGAUCUGAAAGACACGUGGACGGACCUCCCUGCUGUCACCAGCGAUACCCCAUUCCCGUUCAACUUUUCGGAAGCAGAGAUCGAGCGGAUCAAAAUGGAUAGCGAUGGUGCAGUGGCAGGAACCGAGCUUGUGGCAGAAGUCAAGGAGAAGAUGGGCGAUCUGUGGCCGGACAAGGGCUUCAUCGAGCACGAGCGAUACAAUGAUUGCAAAGCUGCCCUCAACGAAGUCAAAGGCUUGAUCUUGGAGCAGUUAGCUGAGACUGACGAGGAGAAGGCUGAGUACGAGCGCUAUUGGCCAUUUGGAUAA